CAUUUAACUCUCUCUCUCUCUCUCUCUCUCUCUCUCUCUGUUUUUCUCUCUUUCUCCUGGUAUUUUCUCUCUCACACGCACAAACUGAGAAGUACCCGUAGUAAGCAUUUAAUGUUUGGCUCUUGGGAUUGAUUUUGAAUGGUCUCUCAUUCAAUACACAAGCACGAGAAACUUGUUCUAAUUUUGGUUUCUGGGUCAGAUUGGAUCUUCACAGAAGCUCAACCUACACUCUUUUUCCUCUGUUUUUGAUGAGAAUUGUCUGAAAGAAGAUUAGAAGAUGCCACAAGAAACCAAUUCCAAUUCCAAUCCCACUUCAAUCUUCACUUCUCCUUCCAAGAACUUGAGAGGUCUCAAGGCUUUGGUACCCAACACCAAUAAUAAUGAGGCUUCAUACACUGAAGAGAUCAUCAAUGAUGAUGAAUUAGCUCUCAGAAAAGCAGAAGAAGCAGCUUCUAGGAGGUACCAAGCUGCGCAAUGGCUGAGGCAGAUGGACCAUGUUGCAUCAGAAUCGUUGUCCAAAGAACCCUCCGAAGAAGAUUUCUGUCUUUCACUCCGCAAUGGACUCAUUCUCUGCAAUGUCCUCAACAAAGUCAAUCCCGGUGCUGUUCGCAAGGUGGUGGAAAAUCCAAUAAUAGCUUUGCAGUCAAUGGAGGGAGCAGCACAGUCAGCAAUUCAGUACUUUGAGAAUAUGAGGAAUUUCCUUCAGGCUGUCAAGGAUAUGAAGCUCUUGACUUUCGAAGCAUCAGAUUUAGAAAAUGGAGGCUCAUCAAAUAAAGUGGUGGACUGUAUUCUUUGCCUGAAAGGAUACCAUGAAUGGCAGCAAGCCGGUGGAAUUGGAGUUUGGAGGUAUGGAGGGCUUGUAAAAAUCACAUCACUUGCAAGGAGAUCACCUGCUUCCUUAAUUGGCAGCGAAAGUACUGAUGAGUCAUUGGAUGAAUCCGAAUCAUCACAAUAUGAACAACUAAUGGAGUUUCUCCAUCUUUCUAAUGAGGUCUCCAUCGAAGAGUCCAAAGUUGCAAAUGCGUUAGCUUUCCUCUUUGAUCAUUUUGGGCUUCAACUUCUACAAGCGUACCUUAGAGAGAGCAUUGGGAGCGAAGACUUUCCUUUGAAUGCAAUGGUAAUAGACACUUUGCUCAGUAAAAUUGUCAAGGAUUUCUCGGCACUGCUUGUUUCUCAAGGCACUCAGCUUGGGUUGUUUCUGAAGAAAAUAUUGAAAAGUGAUAUUUCAAAAUCUGAAUUCAUAGAAGCUAUCAAACAGUAUCUACUUCAAAGAACAAUUUCAGCAUCAAAUGAGUUCUCCAGAUUUUGUAUUUGUGGUGGGAAAGGUGAAGUCGUCCAGCAUAUUAGCGAUCAUUCUCAAGACUAUGUAGAUCUAAUUAAUUUCCAACAGCAGCAGAUUCAGGAGCUAAGAUUAGAUUAUGAAGAUACGACAUUGGAAGUCAAACAAAUUCAUGCCAAUUGGGCAGCAGAACUUCGAAGGCUCGAGUAUCAUUUCAAGGGUCUUGAAGUUGCCUCCUCUUCCUACCACAAAGUUUUAGAGGAGAACCGCAAACUCUACAAUCAAGUCCAAGACCUCAAAGGAACAAUUCGGGUUUAUUGUAGAGUGAGACCUUUCCCAUCAGGACAAUCAAACAGCCAGUCAACAGUAGAUUACAUUGGAGAAAAUGGAAAUAUCAUGAUUGUCAAUCCUCUUAAGCAGGGAAAAGAUGCAAGAAGAAUUUUCACCUUCAACAAAGUUUUUGGAACAAAUGUCACACAAGAGCAAAUAUAUGGCGACACUCAACCAUUAGUCAGAUCUGUUCUUGAUGGUUAUAAUGUCUGCAUAUUUGCAUAUGGACAGACCGGUUCGGGGAAGACAUAUACAAUGAGUGGCCCUGAUUUGAUGGCUGAGAAUACAUGGGGAGUAAAUUACCGAGCCCUGCGCGAUUUAUUUCAGAUCUCAAAAGAGAGGGCAGAUAUGAUAAACUAUGAGGUUGGAGUGCAGAUGAUCGAAAUAUAUAAUGAACAAGUGAGAGACUUAUUAGUUAGCGAUGGCUCUAGUAGAAGAUUAGACGUACGUAACAAUUCUCAAUUGAAUGGUCUAAAUGUACCUGAUGCAUGUUGGGUUCCAGUUAAAAGUACUCAAGAUGUUCUUGAAUUGAUGAAAAUUGGACAAAGAAAUCGUGCUGUCGGUGCUACUGCUCUAAAUGAGCGAAGUAGCCGUUCUCAUAGCAUUUUGACAGUUCAUGUUCAAGGAAAAGAUUUAGUUUCUGGAUCAAUUCUUAGAGGUUGCCUUCAUUUAGUGGAUUUGGCUGGAAGUGAGAGAGUAGAUAAAUCUGAGGCAGUAGGCGAUCGGUUGAAGGAAGCUCAACAUAUUAAUCGAUCACUGUCUGCACUCGGAGAUGUCAUUUCAGCCCUCGCACAGAAGAGUUCACACAUUCCUUACAGAAAUAGCAAGCUUACACAAGUCUUACAGGAUUCCUUAGGAGGGCAAGCUAAGACGUUGAUGUUUGUACACAUAAACCCUGAAGUGAAUUCUAUUGGGGAGACAAUUAGCACUCUAAAGUUUGCUGAAAGGGUUGCCACCAUAGAGCUUGGGGCCGCUCGAUCUAACAAAGAAACUGGUGAAAUCAGGGAACUCAAAGAAGAGGUGUCAAAUCUUAAACGAAUAUUGGAGAAGAAAGAAGCGGAGAUUGAGCAACUGCGAAGCAGCAAUAUCCGAACCACAUCGGAAUUUCAAAGAACAAGAGCAGUCUCUCCUUUCCAGAUACCAAGACAUGGUAUCUCUGCAAAUGCAAAAAAUGAAACGUGUCAACAACCCAACGAUGAGACUAAAAUCUCUGAGGCUAGAAGCUGUUCUUCUGGAAAGCAGAGGAGGGCAAGGUUUCCUUCUGCACUUGCUGACAAAGAAGCAUUACCUAAAAUGCCUUUUUUCGCUGAAGAGAAAUUAGCAAGUGCUGGGAAACAUAGAUCACCAUCUCCUCCGGUCAGGAGAUCGAUGUCCACUGAUAGAGGAGCCUUCAGAGGAGCCCUUGUCAAAAGCAGGACCAAGGUUGAAACAAUUGAGAACCAGCCGAUAAUAAGAGCACCAUUUCCGGCUAGAGUAGCAGUUAGCAAGUCCAUUGCUGCAAUGACUGUGAACCCAUCAGCAGAAAACAAUUCAAAGAUAUCAAAUCCGGUAUCACAAGAUGCAAAGAAAGAUGAUGAUAACUUGACUGCAAUGCAUAGCCUCCAAAAGGUUAGCUUCAGGAAGGUAUACCCAGAACAUGAAGACGAGCAGUUCAGGCAAGCUCUUAAUGUGAGACAUGGUGGCAUUAGGAAAAGCAAACCUGAGGGUAAGGUCAAGGUUAAGCAUCAACUGCCAGCAAGGUUUGUGAAAACUGAUGUGGGGAUGACACUACUUUCUGAUAUGGAUUCUGGUGCAAAGAUUGACGAGGGUCGAAAGAGUGACUUUUCGGAGCCAGAAAAUGAGCAUUUUCUUGUUGAAUCACCUGUUAAAGGAGCUUUGUAUUUGAAAAAGUUUCGACAGAAUUUCUCAAGGAACUCUCAGAAUCUUGAACCAAGAUUUGUAAUCAUGCACAGAGGACAAGCACAGCAAGCUGCGGAGUCCUUGCUUUCGGGGAAAACAGAAAACAAGCUUCAGAAUGGUGUAAUUCGUAAUAUAAAGGAAACUGGAAACACAUCAAUGCCUGAAUUCAGAAGGAGUAGAUCUUCUCCUCGCGGAAAGUUUUUGAUUUUACCUUGAGGAUUUGCUUUUUAUAGUGAUGAGAAUCAUUCCACACAUAUCUGUAAAUUAACUUUUCAUGUUGGAGAUUUGUUUUCAUACCAAUUUCGUAAGUGUCAUGUUGUUCGUUUGUCGUCAUGUGCUACAAUAUGAAUGCAAAAAUAUUAUUUUAGUAGUUUGUGAGUUCAAAGAUUACAUACAUCAUUGUGAAUUUGUAGA